AUGCUAAUGAUGACUGCAGUGAGGGCGACGGCGCCGCCUCUCGAUGGCCCGCUGCCGGUGUCACCAGCGGAUGUGGAUGACUUUUCGUUCCUUGAGGAGCAUCAGCGGCUGACAGAGUUGCGCUUCGCGGAGGAUUUUCCGGAUCUACUUGGGCCAGAAACCUACGAUGGUCUCGCGUCUACUCACCACCGUCAUAAGGAGCCAACUAGACUUUCGCCGCAGCUGCAGCGGGACGCCAUUCACAAAGGUGCCGCACACCUCCACCUCUUUGUGGUCACCAAUGGUGCUGCAGCAAUGGCGUCAGAUUCUGUGGGCUCCGCAUCGUUGUCGGUGCCGACAGCGUGGUACGUACAGCUUGUUGCGCAGUAUGAAGAGGCGAGCGGGAUGCUCAACUGCGCGUUGGGUGGCACUCCAAAGCUUCGUCUUACUCCUUGCCCGCAUGCCGCAUCGAAAUUCGUGCUCUUUGCCGACGAUGCGCGGGCGAAAGUCUCCGCUGGGCUUGUGUUGCACUCUGUUGACUUCCCAAGUGUUAUGAUAGACGGAACUGCCUCCACCAGUUUGGAGAGGAUGACACUCACUCCUGUUGCUCUAACAACAGCGUUGCCGCCACCACCGUGCGUGCGUUGCUCUUCCACUGGGACGGGGUUUGAGAAGGGGAAGAGGGAGAAGGGCUCGGUACUAUCACCAAACACCGUGGUCUCGUCGUACCGCGACAGAAAACCAAGCAUGGCAGAGUUCUUUCUGGAGGAGAAGCCACAAACGGAUAUGCAGACAUACUGGCGUAUGCGUCCUGUUCCUCUUCACGUCGACAACAACGACGCUGAAUGGCACACCGCUGCGAGUCUUGAUUCUCAUACACUUGGCGCCGUUCCCUCCACACUGCCAUUAACUCCUGUCUUGUUUCCGCUAUAUGUGUUACGUUGA